AGGCGGCGAAAAAAAGGGCCAGGAGAAAAUGGGCGUCCAGCAUCUGCUCAAGCUGAGGAUGAUGGCGUCGCCCCACCCCCACCCGCACCCUCGCCCCGGCGCGCCGCUCGCCGCGCGCCCGCUCUCCGCGCUCGCCUCCUUCUUCCUCGCCCCGCCCUCCACCUCCGCGCCACCUCGGCACGUCGCGCUCUCGUGCUCGCGGCCGCGCUGCAGCAACCGGUGGUCCGCUAGCCGGCGCUGCGGGGGGAUGGUUGGCCGGCGGUCGCUGGGCGUCGUGGCGAUGUCUUCGUCGGCGCCGCCUCCUCCCGGAUCCGUGCAGAAGUCUGAGGAGGAGUGGGAGGCUAUCCUCUCGCCGGAGCAGUUCCGCAUCCUCCGCCGCAAGGCCACCGAGUAUCCUGGAACAGGUGAAUAUGACAAGUUCUUUGGUGAGGGCGUUUAUGAAUGUGCUGGAUGUGGAACACCAUUGUACAAGUCGUCUACAAAAUUCAAUUCAGGUUGUGGUUGGCCAGCAUUCUAUGAAGGAUUUCCUGGAGCCAUUGCACGUACGCCUGAUCCUGACGGCAGGCGAAUAGAGAUCACCUGUGCGGCCUGUGGAGGACACUUAGGCCAUGUGUUCAAAGGGGAGGGUUUCAACACGCCUACAGAUGAGAGGCAUUGUGUUAACAGUAUCUCACUCAAGUUCAUUCCAGCCUCAGAAGAUAGUAAACUUUGAGCGGAUGAGCAUGAACAUACAAACCCCAAAUAGAGCAGUAGCAGCCCUCAUGCUCGCAGAGUUGUAGUAACCGGUGGCUAUUAAAAAGUUUCUGGUUUUUCAGAAAGUUCUUGUACUCUGCAGUUUGUCAAUAAUGCCAAAUACCAGGUCUCGUGAUUAUGGACAACUUUUGGCUGUAACCUAUCUAUAUGUGUAAUUCCAAUUCCACUUUUCCUGAUA